GUGAGAUUUGAGACUAAAGCAUUCGAACUGAAUUACUAAAUGCAUCAGGAACCAACUUAACAUGGUACACUCAACAUUACUAUUGGUUUUAGUCAUAACAUUAGUAGCAUGUUUAAAAGAAACUAAUGUUGCAGGUAAUAUGUCAGUGCUUGUAGGACAUGAUGGUCGAGUUCUUUUGUACAACGCAGACACUUAUAAUACUUCAACAGUAUGUGCCUACAAUUGGAACGAUCAAGAUGCUACAGUUGUAUGCAAGCAAAAUGUAAUGGGAGAUAUUGGUAAAGCUACACAUAUCAAUCGGGAUUACAAUUUCAGUAGAAGUAUGUUUAACGUAUACUGCACAGGUAAUGAAACGGAUCUAUCAGAGUGUACAUAUGACAACAGUGACAGUAUGGGAAUGUGUGAUUAUGAGCAGGAUGCUGGUGUUCAUUGCAUCGAUACAGAUCAAACCCAAUUGGUGUUGGGACCAGACGGUCGUAUACUCUUCUAUAACACACAGACAGGCGAUACAUCAACAGUAUGUUCGUACAUGUGGACUAAUCAAGGGGCUGGCGUUGUUUGCAGACAACUGGGGUUGGGAGACAGUGGUACAGCAUUCUAUCUUCCAAGAGAUCACAACUAUACAAGAAAUAUGUAUAGCUUAGAAUGCAUGGGCAGUGAAACGAGCGUUUAUGACUGUCAUUAUCAGUUAACUGACUACUACGGGUCAUGUGAUUAUACGUCUGAUGCUGGUGUUGAGUGUGUUUCUCAAGUUGCAGGUAAUACUUCAGUGCUUGUAGGACAUGAUGGUCGAGUACUUUUGUACAACGCAGGAACAUAUAAUACUUCAACAGUAUGUGCCUACAAUUGGAACGAUCAAGAUGCUACAGUUGUAUGCAAGCAAACUGGAAUGGGAGAUAUUGGUAAAGCUACACAUAUCAAUCGGGAUUACAAUUUCAGUAGAAGUAUGUUUAACGUUUACUGCAAAGGUAAUGAAACGGAUCUAUCAGAGUGUACAUAUGACACCAGUGACAGUAUGGGAAUAUGUGAUAGUGAGCAGGAUGCUGGUGUUCAUUGCAUCGAUACAGAUCUAACCCAAAUGGUUUUGGGACCGGACGGUCGAAUACUCUUUUAUAACAUUCUGACAGGCAAUAUAUCAACACUAUGUUCAAACAUGUGGAAUAAUCAGGGUGCUGGCGUUGUUUGCAGACAACUGGGGAUGGGAGACAGUGGUACAGCAGUCUAUCUUCCAAGAGAUCACAACUAUACAAGAAAUAUGUAUAGCUUAGAAUGCAUGGGCAGUGAAACGAGCAUUUAUGACUGUCAUUACCAGUUGACUGACUACUACUAUGGGUCAUGUGAAUAUGUGUCUGAUGCUGGUGUUGAGUGUGCUCCUCAAGUUGCAGGUAAUGUGUCAGUGAUUGUAGGACAUGAUGGUCGAGUACUAUUGUACAACGCAGAGACAUAUAAUACUUCAACAGUAUGCGCCUACAAUUGGAACGAUCAAGAUGCUACAGUUGUAUGCAAGCAAAUUGGAAUGGGAGAUAUUGGUAAAGCUACACAUAUCAAUCGGGAUUACAAUUUCAGUAGAAGUAUGUUUAACGUAUACUGCACAGGUAAUGAAACGGAUCUAUCAGAGUGUACAUAUGACAACAGUGACAGUAUGGGAAUGUGUGAUUAUGAGCAGGAUGCUGGUGUUCAUUGCACCGAUACAGAUCAAACCCAAUUGAUGUUGGGACCAGACGGUCGUAUACUCUUCUAUAACACACAGACAGGCGAUACAUCAACAGUAUGUUCGUACAUGUGGACAAAUCAAGGGGCUGGCGUUGUUUGCAGACAACUGGGGUUGGGAGACAGUGGUACAGCAUUCUAUCUUCCAAGAGAUCACAACUAUACAAGAAAUAUGUAUAGCUUAGAAUGCAUGGGCAGUGAAACGAGCGUUUAUGACUGUCAUUAUCAGUUAACUGACUACUACGGGUCAUGUGAUUAUACGUCUGAUGCUGGUGUUGAGUGUGAUUCUCAAGUUGCAGGUAAUACUUCAGUGCUUGUAGGACAUGAUGGUCGAGUACUUUUGUACAACUCAGGAACAUAUAAUACUUCAACAGUAUGUGCCUACAAUUGGAACGAUCAAGAUGCUACAGUUGUAUGCAAGCAAACUGGAAUGGGAGAUAUUGGUAAAGCUACACAUAUCAAUCGGGAUUACAAUUUCAGUAGAAGUAUGUUUAACGUAUACUGCAAAGGUAAUGAAACGGAUCUAUCAGAGUGUACAUAUGACACCAGUGACAGUAUGGGAAUAUGUGAUAGUGAGCAGGAUGCUGGUGUUCAUUGCAUCGAUACAGAUCUAACCCAAAUGGUUUUGGGACCGGACGGUCGAAUACUCUUUUAUAACAUUCUGACAGGCAAUAUAUCAACACUAUGUUCGAACAUGUGGAAUAAUCAGGGUGCUGGCGUUGUUUGCAGACAACUGGGGAUGGGAGACAGUGGUACAGCAGUCUAUCUUCCAAGAGAUCACAACUAUACAAGAAAUAUGUAUAGCUUAGAAUGCAUGGGCAGUGAAACGAGCAUUUAUGACUGUCAUUACCAGUUGACUGACUACUACUAUGGGUCAUGUGAAUAUGUGUCUGAUGCUGGUGUUGAGUGUGCUCCUCAAGUUGCAGGUAAUGUGUCAGUGAUUGUAGGACAUGAUGGUCGAGUACUAUUGUACAACGCAGAGACAUAUAAUACUUCAACAGUAUGCGCCUACAAUUGGAACGAUCAAGAUGCUACAGUUGUAUGCAAGCAAAAUGGAAUGGGAGAUAUUGGUAAAGCUACACAUAUCAAUCGGGAUUACAAUUUCAGUAGAAGUAUGUUUAACGUAUACUGCACAGGUAAUGAAACGGAUCUAUCAGAGUGUACAUAUGACAACAGUGACAGUAUGGGAAUUUGUGAUUAUGAGCAGGAUGCUGGUGUUCAUUGCACCGAUACAGAUCAAACCCAAUUGGUGUUGGGACCAGACGGUCGUAUACUCUUCUAUAACACACAGACAGGCGAUACAUCAACAGUAUGUUCGUACAUGUGGACUAAUCAAGGGGCUGGCGUUGUUUGCAGACAACUGGGGUUGGGAGACAGUGGUACAGCAUUCUAUCUUCCAAGAGAUCACAACUAUACAAGAAAUAUGUAUAGCUUAGAAUGCAUGGGCAGUGAAACGAGCGUUUAUGACUGUCAUUAUCAGUUAACUGACUACUACGGGUCAUGUGAUUAUACGUCUGAUGCUGGUGUUGAGUGUGAUUCUCAAGUUGCAGGUAAUACUUCAGUGCUUGUAGGACAUGAUGGUCGAGUACUUUUGUACAAAGCAGGAACAUUUAAUACUUCAACAGUAUGUGCCUACAAUUGGAACGAUCAAGAUGCUACAGUUGUAUGCAAGCAAACUGGAAUGGGAGAUAUUGGUAAAGCUACACAUAUCAAUCGGGAUUACAAUUUCAGUAGAAGUAUGUUUAACGUAUACUGCACAGGUAAUGAAACGGAUCUAUCAGAGUGUACAUAUGACACCAGUGACAGUAUGGGAAUAUGUGAUAGUGAGCAGGAUGCUGGUGUUCAUUGCAUCGAUACAGAUCUAACCCAAAUGGUUUUGGGACCGGACGGUCGAAUACUCUUUUAUAACAUUCUGACAGGCAAUAUAUCAACACUAUGUUCGAACAUGUGGAAUAAUCAGGGUGCUGGCGUUGUUUGCAGACAACUGGGGAUGGGAGACAGUGGUACAGCAGUCUAUCUUCCAAGAGAUCACAACUAUACAAGAAAUAUGUAUAGCUUAGAAUGCAUGGGCAGUGAAACGAGCAUUUAUGACUGUCAUUACCAGUUGACUGACUACUACUAUGGGUCAUGUGAAUAUGUGUCUGAUGCUGGUGUUGAGUGUGCUCCUCAAGUUGCAGGUAAUGUGUCAGUGAUUGUAGGACAUGAUGGUCGAGUACUAUUGUACAACGCAGAGACAUAUAAUACUUCAACAGUAUGCGCCUACAAUUGGAACGAUCAAGAUGCUACAGUUGUAUGCAAGCAAAAUGGAAUGGGAGAUAUUGGUAAAGCUACACAUAUCAAUCGGGAUUACAAUUUCAGUAGAAGUAUGUUUAACGUAUACUGCACAGGUAAUGAAACGGAUCUAUCAGAGUGUACAUAUGACAACAGUGACAGUAUGGGAAUGUGUGAUUAUGAGCAGGAUGCUGGUGUUCAUUGCACCGAUACAGAUCAAACCCAAUUGGUGUUGGGACCAGACGGUCGUAUACUCUUCUAUAACACACAGACAGGCGAUACAUCAACAGUAUGUUCGUACAUGUGGACUAAUCAAGGGGCUGGCGUUGUUUGCAGACAACUGGGGUUGGGAGACAGUGGUACAGCAUUCUAUCUUCCAAGAGAUCACAACUAUACAAGAAAUAUGUAUAGCUUAGAAUGCAUGGGCAGUGAAACGAGCGUUUAUGACUGUCAUUAUCAGUUAACUGACUACUACGGGUCAUGUGAUUAUACGUCUGAUGCUGGUGUUGAGUGUGAUUCUCAAGUUGCAGGUAAUACUUCAGUGCUUGUAGGACAUGAUGGUCGAGUACUUUUGUACAAAGCAGGAACAUAUAAUACUUCAACAGUAUGUGCCUACAAUUGGAACGAUCAAGAUGCUACAGUUGUAUGCAAGCAAACUGGAAUGGGAGAUAUUGGUAAAGCUACACAUAUCAAUCGGGAUUACAAUUUCAGUAGAAGUAUGUUUAACGUAUACUGCACAGGUAAUGAAACGGAUCUAUCAGAGUGUACAUAUGACACCAGUGACAGUAUGGGAAUAUGUGAUAGUGAGCAGGAUGCUGGUGUUCAUUGCAUCGAUACAGAUCUAACCCAAAUGGUUUUGGGACCGGACGGUCGAAUACUCUUUUAUAACAUUCUGACAGGCAAUAUAUCAACACUAUGUUCGAACAUGUGGAAUAAUCAGGGUGCUGGCGUUGUUUGCAGACAACUGGGGAUGGGAGACAGUGGUACAGCAGUCUAUCUUCCAAGAGAUCACAACUAUACAAGAAAUAUGUAUCGCUUAGAAUGCAUGGGCAGUGAGACGAGCAUUAAUGACUGUCAUUACCAGUUGACUGACUACUAUUAUGGGUCAUGUGAAUAUGUGUCUGAUGCUGGUGUUGAGUGUGCUCCUCAAGUUGCAGGUAAUGUGUCAGUGAUUGUAGGACAUGAUGGUCGAGUACUAUUGUACAACGCAGAGACAUAUAAUACUUCAACAGUAUGCGCCUACAAUUGGAACGAUCAAGAUGCUACAGUUGUAUGCAAGCAAAAUGGAAUGGGAGAUAUUGGUAAAGCUACACAUAUCAAUCGGGAUUACAAUUUCAGUAGAAGUAUGUUUAACGUAUACUGCACAGGUAAUGAAACGGAUCUAUCAGAGUGUACAUAUGACAACAGUGACAGUAUGGGAAUGUGUGAUUAUGAGCAGGAUGCUGGUGUUCAUUGCACCGAUACAGAUCAAACCCAAUUGGUGUUGGGACCAGACGGUCGUAUACUCUUCUAUAACACACAGACAGGCGAUACAUCAACAGUAUGUUCGUACAUGUGGACUAAUCAAGGGGCUGGCGUUGUUUGCAGACAACUGGGGUUGGGAGACAGUGGUACAGCAUUCUAUCUUCCAAGAGAUCACAACUAUACAAGAAAUAUGUAUAGCUUAGAAUGCAUGGGCAGUGAAACGAGCGUUUAUGACUGUCAUUAUCAGUUAACUGACUACUACGGGUCAUGUGAUUAUACGUCUGAUGCUGGUGUUGAGUGUGAUUCUCAAGUUGCAGGUAAUACUUCAGUGCUUGUAGGACAUGAUGGUCGAGUACUUUUGUACAAAGCAGGAACAUUUAAUACUUCAACAGUAUGUGCCUACAAUUGGAACGAUCAAGAUGCUACAGUUGUAUGCAAGCAAACUGGAAUGGGAGAUAUUGGUAAAGCUACACAUAUCAAUCGGGAUUACAAUUUCAGUAGAAGUAUGUUUAACGUAUACUGCACAGGUAAUGAAACGGAUCUAUCAGAGUGUACAUAUGACACCAGUGACAGUAUGGGAAUAUGUGAUAGUGAGCAGGAUGCUGGUGUUCAUUGCAUCGAUACAGAUCUAACCCAAAUGGUUUUGGGACCGGACGGUCGAAUACUCUUUUAUAACAUUCUGACAGGCAAUAUAUCAACACUAUGUUCGAACAUGUGGAAUAAUCAGGGUGCUGGCGUUGUUUGCAGACAACUGGGGAUGGGAGACAGUGGUACAGCAGUCUAUCUUCCAAGAGAUCACAACUAUACAAGAAAUAUGUAUAGCUUAGAAUGCAUGGGCAGUGAAACGAGCAUUUAUGACUGUCAUUACCAGUUGACUGACUACUACUAUGGGUCAUGUGAAUAUGUGUCUGAUGCUGGUGUUGAGUGUGCUCCUCAAGUUGCAGGUAAUGUGUCAGUGAUUGUAGGACAUGAUGGUCGAGUACUAUUGUUCAACGCAGAGACAUAUAAUACUUCAACAGUAUGCGCCUACAAUUGGAACGAUCAAGAUGCUACAGUUGUAUGCAAGCAAAAUGGAAUGGGAGAUAUUGGUAAAGCUACACAUAUCAAUCGGGAUUACAAUUUCAGUAGAAGUAUGUUUAACGUAUACUGCACAGGUAAUGAAACGGAUCUAUCAGAGUGUACAUAUGACAACAGUGACAGUAUGGGAAUGUGUGAUUAUGAGCAGGAUGCUGGUGUUCAUUGCACCGAUACAGAUCAAACCCAAUUGGUGUUGGGACCAGACGGUCGUAUACUCUUCUAUAACACACAGACAGGCGAUACAUCAACAGUAUGUUCGUACAUGUGGACUAAUCAAGGGGCUGGCGUUGUUUGCAGACAACUGGGGUUGGGAGACAGUGGUACAGCAUUCUAUCUUCCAAGAGAUCACAACUAUACAAGAAAUAUGUAUAGCUUAGAAUGCAUGGGCAGUGAAACGAGCGUUUAUGACUGUCAUUAUCAGUUAACUGACUACUACGGGUCAUGUGAUUAUACGUCUGAUGCUGGUGUUGAGUGUGAUUCUCAAGUUGCAGGUAAUACUUCAGUGCUUGUAGGACAUGAUGGUCGAGUACUUUUGUACAAAGCAGGAACAUAUAAUACUUCAACAGUAUGUGCCUACAAUUGGAACGAUCAAGAUGCUACAGUUGUAUGCAAGCAAACUGGAAUGGGAGAUAUUGGUAAAGCUACACAUAUCAAUCGGGAUUACAAUUUCAGUAGAAGUAUGUUUAACGUAUACUGCACAGGUAAUGAAACGGAUCUAUCAGAGUGUACAUAUGACACCAGUGACAGUAUGGGAAUAUGUGAUAGUGAGCAGGAUGCUGGUGUUCAUUGCAUCGAUACAGAUCUAACCCAAAUGGUUUUGGGACCGGACGGUCGAAUACUCUUUUAUAACAUUCUGACAGGCAAUAUAUCAACACUAUGUUCGAACAUGUGGAAUAAUCAGGGUGCUGGCGUUGUUUGCAGACAACUGGGGAUGGGAGACAGUGGUACAGCAGUCUAUCUUCCAAGAGAUCACAACUAUACAAGAAAUAUGUAUAGCUUAGAAUGCAUGGGCAGUGAAACGAGCAUUUAUGACUGUCAUUACCAGUUGACUGACUACUACUAUGGGUCAUGUGAAUAUGUGUCUGAUGCUGGUGUUGAGUGUGCUCCUCAAGUUGCAGGUAAUGUGUCAGUGAUUGUAGGAUAUGAUGGUCGAGUACUAUUGUACAACGCAGAGACAUAUAAUACUUCAACAGUAUGUGCCUACAAUUGGAACGAUCAAGAUGCUACAGUUGUAUGCAAGCAAAAUGGAAUGGGAGAUAUUGGUAAAGCUACACAUAUCAAUCGGGAUUACAAUUUCAGUAGAAGUAUGUUUAACGUAUACUGCACAGGUAAUGAAACGGAUCUAUCAGAGUGUACAUAUGACAACAGUGACAGUAUGGGAAUGUGUGAUUAUGAGCAGGAUGCUGGUGUUCAUUGCACCGAUACAGAUCAAACCCAAUUGGUGUUGGGACCAGACGGUCGUAUACUCUUCUAUAACACACAGACAGGCGAUACAUCAACAGUAUGUUCGUACAUGUGGACUAAUCAAGGGGCUGGCGUUGUUUGUAGACAACUGGGGUUGGGAGACAGUGGUACAGCAUUCUAUCUUCCAAGAGAUCACAACUAUACAAGAAAUAUGUAUAGCUUAGAAUGCAUGGGCAGUGAAACGAGCGUUUAUGACUGUCAUUAUCAGUUAACUGACUACUACGGGUCAUGUGAUUAUACGUCUGAUGCUGGUGUUGAGUGUGAUUCUCAAGUUGCAGGUAAUACUUCAGUGCUUGUAGGACAUGAUGGUCGAGUACUAUUGUACAACGCAGGAACAUAUAAUACUUCAACAGUGUGUGCCUACCAUUGGAACGAUCAAGAUGCUACAGUUGUAUGCAAGCAAACUGGAAUGGGAGAUAUUGGUAAAGCUACAUAUAUCAAUCGGGAUUACAAUUUCAGUAGAAGUAUGUUUAACGUAUACUGCACAGGCAAUGAAACGGAUCUAUCAGAGUGUACAUAUGACACCAGUGACAGUAUGGGAAUAUGUGAUAGUGAGCAGGAUGCUGGUGUUCAUUGCAUCGAUACAGAAUCUUCUACUUCUAUGUCAACUGCAAAUGACAUAGAAGGGAAUGUCAGUACUACUGGAAAUACUUUAGCUUUAGAGUCAACCUCUGGUCCAAGUUUGUAUAAAAGUAGUCCAAACGAUGUGUCACGUGUAAUAAAUACAUACGAAACACUACCGCCAGAAGAUGUACUUUUUGUAACCACUGAUGAGUAUAACAGUCAUUCAACUUCAAUGGAUAACCUUGGAAACUCACCAACAAAUGAUUUGUUCACAAAAACUCUGGGACCAAAUACGUUAAGUACAGAGCAAUUUACCAUCAAAGAAAGUACUGAAACCGUUACAGACUUGUCUACCAGUACAUUUACUGAUAAAACCAACUCCGUUACAAUCAUAUAUACGAGACCGUACAUAGAUGAAAGUAGCAACUCACACAACAUGGAUACAUCAACCAGUUCAAAUUCGGUGAUAUUGACAACAGACAAGUUCGAACAGAACUCAUUGGCUUCGAAAUAUAAAUCUGAAACAAUUACUUCAGCUUCUAUCAAUAACAUAGAUUCAAGGCUUACAAUGGCAAUAACCGAAAAGGAGAUUUCAUCAACGGACGGAUCACGAACCAGUACCGAAGCAACCAAUUUGCUUUUUACUACCGAACCUAGAGAUAAUUCAUCUUCAUCUUCUACAAGUACUUUAUCAAGUAGGUCAACAUAUUCAGAGCCAUCAAGACAAGAAUUUGUUUCUACCGGAUUCCCAUUAACCAGACAUGUUGACCAAAGCACUAAAAAUGCAAUUACAACCGAUUUAACGACAAGAGAACCCCAUAUUGCACAAAGAACUACCAAGUCUCUUAUGCUGUCAAGUAUUUCUAGUAUAUUUUCGAUUACUUCAUCAACAGAUGAAUCACGAACCAGUACCGUACCAACCAAUAUACAUUUUACUACCGAACCGAGAGAUGAUUCAGGUUCAUCUUCUACAAGAAUUUUAUCAAGUAAGUCAACAUAUUCAGAGCCAUCAAGAUCAAACUAUGUUUCUACUGGAUUACCAGUAAUAACACAGGAUGAUCAAAGCACGGUCACUCAAAUUGCCAUUACAACCGAUUUAACGACAGGAGAUUCUCCAAAUGCACAAAAAACUACAAAAUUUGAUAUGAUGUCAAAUAUUGCAAGUUUAUCUUCAGUUACUUCAUCAACUGAUGAAUCACGAACAAAUACUGAACCAAUCAAUAUACAUUUUACUACCGAACCGAAAGACGAUUCAGGUUCAUCUUCUACAGAUACUUUAUCAAUUACAACAACAUAUUCAGAGUCAUCAAAAUCAGAAUAUGUUUCUACUGGAUUACCAUUAACAACAAAAGCUGAUCAACACACGGUUACUCAAAGUGCAAUUUCAACCGAUUUAACAACAGCAGAUUCUGCAAAUGCACAAACGACUACCAAAGCUGAUAUGCUGUCAAGAGUUGCUAGUUCAUCUUCGGUGUCCUCUUCAACUAGUUCAACACAGUCAACACUGACAAGUGUUCUUUCCACAGCUGCUACAUCUGUAAUAGACUCUUCUAAUACCACGACCCUUGUUGCUUCCUCUACAACUGAUGCAUCUCGUUGUGAUAUAAACUCCAACUGUUUUAAUUCAGGAUGUAACGAUCAAAAAAGAUUUCACAGCAUCACCACUAUGGUACUACUUUUAUUAGUAGCUAACUUUGCAUCGAGGUACUGUUAAGUUUUUAAUCUUGUCAGAUUGUAUUUCUGUGAUACAUCUUUUCUAGAGCUUUCAUUCUUUAAGAUAACUGUGAUACUAUCAAAUUAUAUAUAUAUAUAUAUUUUAUAAUUGAGAGUUUAUGAAUAUGAAUAUUUUGCAAUCAUUUUAAAUAGUUAAAUCGGGUUUCAUUUUUGUAUUAUAUACUUUAUAAAAAAAAUGUCUUUUAAAAUCCAUCUUCUAGAAUGUUAUAUAUAUUGCAUUUUUAAAAUAUUUACAUGCACCUUUUUAUUGUAUUUAUAAAUCUAUUUAUUUAUUUAUUUAUUUAUCUAUUUAUUUAUUGUUAUUAUUUAAAUUGUUUUCUUCAUAUAUUUUCUGAUGAUUUCAUAUUUACUCAUGUUAGAAUGUUUUUAUACUUAAUAUAGCUUUAUUCUUUUGCAUCGUUCUUAGAAAUUUCAAUAACAUCAGCGGGACUGCCAUAGAUUUGCGUUUCAACCAUGAAUGUCCCCUCAGUGAUGUUCGAGGACAAAAUGUUUGUAAAUCCAAAACUGAACUUUAACAUAGAAUAGGGUUUUAGAAAGAUUCCUGUGUACCAACAAUU